CGCACCGCGGCGGCGGUGCCCAGAGCGGAGCGCAGCUCCCCGCCCCGCCCCUCCCCCUCGGCCUCGCGGCGACGGCGGCGGUGGCGGCUUGGACGACUCGGAGAGCCGAGUGAAGACCCUUCCUCGUGGCCACCUGCCAUGUGCCGCCCGGAGCAGUGAGGCCCAGCCGGUGUCUCUGUUGUGGGCAGCAGGGCCAGUGUUCAUCCGUGAACCCCGGCAGUUGGCAGGCUCCCCCGGCAGCGGGGUCCGGGCCUCGGCCCCACCAUGUCGAGCCUGGGCAGUGGCUCCCAGGAUGCCGGUGGCAGCGGCAACAGUGGCAACAGCGGCGGCGGCGGCGGCAGCAGCAGCACUGGUGGCGGCAGCAGUGGCUCCAAGGCAGGAGCGGCAGACAAGAGCGCACCCGCGGCCACGGCCACCCCGGCCUCGGUGGCCGACGACGCCCCGCCCCCGGAGCGCCGGAACAAGAGCGGCAUCAUCAGCGAACCCCUCAACAAGAGCCUGCGCCGCUCGCGCCCGCUCUCCCACUACUCCUCCUUCGGUGGCAGUGGUGGCAGCAGCAUGAUGGGCGGGGAGGCUGCCGAGAAGGCGGCCGCAGCCGCGGCCGCGGCCUCCCUGUUGGCCAACGGGCACGACCUGGCAGCGGCCAUGGCGCUGGACAAAAGCAACCCUACCUCAAAGCACAAAAGCGGUGCUGUGGCCAGCCUGCUGAGCAAGGCUGAGCGGGCCACGGAGCUGGCGGCCGAGGGACAGCUGACGCUGCAGCAGUUUGCGCAGUCCACGGAGAUGCUGAAGCGCGUCGUGCAGGAGCACCUGCCGCUCAUGAGCGAGGCGGGCGCCGGCCUGCCUGACAUGGAGGCGGUGGCCGGGGCCGAAGCCCUCAAUGGCCAGUCCGACUUCCCCUACCUGGGCGCCUUCCCCAUCAACCCGGGCCUCUUCAUCAUGACCCCGGCUGGUGUGUUCCUGGCCGAGAGCGCGCUGCACAUGGCCGGCCUGGCCGAGUACCCCAUGCAGGGAGAGCUGGCCUCCGCCAUCAGCUCGGGCAAGAAGAAGCGGAAACGCUGCGGCAUGUGUGCGCCCUGCCGGCGGCGCAUCAACUGCGAGCAGUGCAGCAGUUGUAGGAACCGAAAGACUGGCCAUCAGAUUUGCAAAUUCAGAAAAUGUGAGGAACUCAAAAAGAAGCCUUCCGCUGCUCUGGAGAAGGUGAUGCUUCCGACGGGAGCCGCCUUCCGGUGGUUUCAGUGACGCGGCGGGACCCCAAAGCUGCCCUCUGCGUGCAAUGUCACUGCUCGUGUGGUCUCCGGCAAGGGAUUCGGGCGAAGACAAACGGACGCACCCGUCUUUAGAACCAAAAAUAUUCUCUCACAGAUUUCAUUCCUGUUUUUAUAUAUAUUUUUUUUGUUGUCGUUUUAACAUCUCCACGUCCCUAGUAUAAAAAAGAGAAAGAAAAGAAAAAAAAAUUAACUGCUUUUUCAGAAGAGCAACAACAAAAAAAAAAGAGGUAAAGAUGAAUCUAUAAAAUCCCGAGACUUCCUGGGCAAAGAACGGACAAUCAGUUUCCUCCCUGUGUCGAUGUCAUGUUGUCUGUGCAGCAAAUGCCGUUUUGUGUAGAGAAUGUACAUUUUCUGUAACCUUUUGAAAUCUAGUUACUAAUAAGCACUACUGUAAUUUAGCACAGUUUAACUCCACCCUCAUUUAAACUUCCUUUGAUUCUUUCCGACCAUGAAAUACUGCAUAGUUUGCCUGGAGACUCCACUCACGUUCAUAAAGAGAAGGUCGAUGGCACCGUGUAGCCGCCCUCGCUCCACCCGUGCGGGCAGCGCCGCAGCACCGCCGCCGCCUGCGAGGAGCUCCGGGGAGGGGGGGAGGGCGCGCCCCCCCACCCCACCCCGGGCCCAGGCUGUGCUGCACCCACGGUCGCCAGACGGGGCUCCCCCAUGGCAGCAGUGGUGAUCUGACAAGCUGAAAGUCCUCUUGGUUUGUGCAUUGGGACUGGGGGAGCUCGCGUCUCUACUUCUGAUCCUGGCUACUUCCCUUAGAGAAAAUAUUUUUUUUUUUUUUUUAAAUCUGGCCUUGCUGAUGGCGGCAGAAGAAAGGGCUUCUUGGCGUGGUCCCUGCCGGUGGGGGUGGGUGCCCAGGGGGCCCCUGCCCAUGGCCAGCUUCCUGCUGAUGAACAUGCUGUUUGUAUUGUUUUAGGAAACCAGGCUGUUUUGUGAAUAAAACGAAUGCAUGUUUGUGUCA